AUGGCAUUUCCAGAUUGGCUCAGAAUUGUCCUCCUGGUGCUCAGCUUCGCAUCAUUCCUGCCUCAGCUCCAACUGUUAUGGCUGCGCCGGGACAGCUCGGGCCUUAGCCUUUGCUAUGUUCUAUUCAACCUCGUGGUCGCGACGGAGCUAUUCACCAUCGACCUCGCGAUCCUCGUAAGCGUCGAUGGAGGCGACAUCUUCGUGCACGCGCCAGCCACGACCGGCGAUUGGUUGAAUCUGGCUCAGUUUGGAACCGUCUGGGUCAUGUGGAUAAUGGUCCUUAUUGCCUGCAUCGUCUUCUACCCUCGCGACCAACCUUACACCGUGCCCGCGAGCGUCUCUGUCAUCUACACAUGCUACCUUCUCAUAUCCUUGGUGCCUAUAAUUGCAGUCUCAGCCAGCGCGGACCCCAAAGAGGAUCGCAAGUGGUUCGAUGGUCUCUUCACCGGCUUCUACAUCCUCUUCUUGAACCCAACCAUCACCGUCCUUGGUGUCGCCUCUCUAUACCCACAAUGCCGUGCGAUCCUUAGGCGACCUAGGGACUCAGGACCUGGCGUGCAGGCGAUUUUGUUAUACAUUGCCAGAGCCACUCCUAAGCAGAAGAGCCUCGUCAUGAAAGACGACGAGAAUCCCGGUCUUAUUUACGAGGCCGAGGACGGCCCGGACCCGCUUCAUUUCUCAUAUACCCCUCUGGUGCUGAUUCACGAUGGUGGCGGCACAUGCUUCUCUUACUACUGCUUGAAUCCCAUCGGGCGUAUCGUCUAUGAGAUCCACAACCCACACUUCUACUCAGCCAAGCCAUGGCCGGGCGGCAUCCCAGAGAUGGCCAGGCACUACGUCGGGUUGAUGCGCAAGGCGGUGCCGCGCGGCCGCAUCCUCCUCGGCGGGUGGUCACUUGGCGGGCUCCUCUCGCUAGAGAUGGCGCGCGUACUGGCGGACGACCCGGACUUUACGGUGGUUGGCAUCGCCAUGGUGGACAGCAUCUGCCCGGCCGCGCGCACGACCAAGACGGGGCCCGCCAAGGCCGCUGUCGUGCCGUACAAGCACCAGUUCGGGCCCAACACGAAGGAGGAGACCAUUGAAGGAGUCGAGAGGUGCUUCGUAGAGGCGAGGAAGUCGAUUGAGACGUGGACCAUGCCAAGGUGGGAUGGCUCCGAUAUUGAGGGCGGCGACGGGGCCCAAAAGGGAACUAAUGGUGAGGGUUCGGGAGAUGGCCAGGCGCGUCCUGACCUGCCAUCGUCGGGUAUUAAGUGUCCACGGACGAUCCUGCUCCGCGCGAGGGAGGCGGUGCCGACGGAGCCAGGCGAGGUCAGCUUCGUUGACACGACGCGGCACAGCAGAAGCCUUGGCUGGGAUGAGUAUCAAAAGGACUUCCUUGAGGAGAUUGUGGAUAUUCCAGGCCAUCAUUUCUCCAUUUUCGCCUGGGAGCACAUCGACGAAGUCUCGCAGAAACUGAUGGACGCGUGCAACACUCUUGAGAAGAUGGCGUCAGUUACUGCAUCAUAA